AUGCACAUUAAGGAAGAGCCAGCUGAUAAUGAUGAUGAUGAUGAUGAUGAUGCAGUCAAUGUUAGAACUGAUGAUGAUGAAACUAGCAGCUCUGAUAGAUAUUUAUCUAGUUGCAAAAUAAACUUUGAAGAAGAUAUCAAUCCUGAAACUCUGCCCUCAGAUAUGAAGCCUGGUAUUUAUGCAUGUUCUCAAAGUCAUACUCAGAAGACUGAUGGUGAGGGUUUGGGUUUGUCUGAAGCUGGAUGUCCACAGGAAGAAUUCCAAGUUGGUGAGGAAAAGGCCAAUUCAGCAGGAAACCCUCCGCAGGAAUUUGGGUCAGAUAUCGAUGAAUCUACUUCUUCUACUUUCACAGUAUCAGAUGUGUUAGAGGCUGACACUGAAAGUAAGAAAAAUGGACCUGAGAGUGUGCCUGUCCAGACUCACAGCACCAGACCUAAACGGAAGAGAAAGAAAAAGGAGCUGAAAGACAUGCUGUCUCUAACACCAGUGAAAAGGAGAAAAUGGAAAACUAAGACAUACCCUACAUCAACUCAAGAAUAUAAAAAGUCCAAAUCCGACAAAAGGUCAGCAAAAAAUACAAAGGGAGCAGUACCAGUAGGUUCUGCUCACAUCUAUUGUGGGCAGUGUGGUAGAAUCUUUGUAAACUCACAGAAAUUCCAACAGCAUGAGACACAAUGCCUGAAAUUAGAAGCACCUGUUAGUCAUGCAGGCUAUUACCCCUGCCACAAGUGUCAGAAGGUGUUCCAGCAUGUAGCCGCCCAACAGCUCCACAUGCUACGAGACCACCCGGACAUCAGUCACACCUGUCCCUUUUGUGGGAAAGUGUUCGCCUAUCAGAGCGUCAUGAAGAAACACUUGUACACUCACACCAACGAAGCUGUGAAGAAGGCCAUCACAGCCCUGAAGGAAGACUCGACAGCAUCUACUGCUGGACAGGAAUCAGUACUAGUUAAUCUCAUUUCCGACCUUGGUGUGGAAGGUGACACUGAAUCCAACAGCCUUGAGAAUAAGGUUGGUGGUUUAGAAAUGUCUGUUCCUCUAAAUAAUCCAAAGAAAGGAUUGGCUGUGUUGAGGUCUCUACCGGAGGUUCUGGGUCCUUCUGGAUUGACAAAGGAUGAAACAGCACCUCCAUUGCAUUUGACUGUAAAAGUUGAGGGUAGGUCUCAAAGUCCAAGGAUUGACAACAUGGAGGAUUCUUGCCCUGCACAAGUGUCUGAAGCUGCUGAUGGGAGCUUCCAUGUUGUAGAGGAUGCUCUGGGACACAGUGAGAGUUCACAGUCCUCACAAACAGUCCCAACCUCAUCAAGUGUCACAUGCCCAUCUUCUUCCUCAUCCUCGUCAUCUGUCAUAUUCUCAACACCUGUCACACCCUCGUCAUCAAACUCGUUACCAGCGAAGACCUACCUCUGCAAGAAGUGCGAUAGCAUCUUUCCAGGUCUUCCUCUACUGUACAAACACGAGAUGGAGAGUCACCUCGCCUUCAUCUGUCGUUACUGCUCUAAAGGUUUUGUUUAUGAAAACAUGCUAAGGAAGCACUUGGCAAUUCACAGGGAGGCAGACAAGCAUGUUUGUAUGUGGUGUGGCAAGAAAUUCAGCUACAUCACAGGACUGAAGACUCACGCCUUGACUCACAAUGGCAGGUUAGAGAAUCACAAGCUCAUGUGCAGCAAGUGCGGGAAGUGUUGGUAUGACACAGAAGGAUACUUACCCCAGGCCUCGAAACAGCUCAUUGGGGAACACUUGCAGGAAUGUUUCAAAAACAAGGAUGACCUUCCAGUUACCUAUACAAAAUUUGGUGGUAAGGACACUUUGCAGAGGUGUUUAGAAUGUGAUAAAAUUUACAACCUCAAUAAUGAACAUUCCAGGAAUAUGAAAAUGACACAUGUGUUUCGAUGUAAAGUGUGUCAUUUCGAGUUCAAAAAGUUGUCAGAUCUGAAGAACCAUGUCUUUGGACAUCAUGAUGAAGCUAAGGAACUUGUCAAAGACUACAAGGAGGAUCAAAUGUUCAACUGCAGAUUAUGUUCUGAACACUUUUCAUAUUUGUUUGAAUUUAUGUGUCACAUGGCAGACCAUAAGAAAGAAACUUUAGAAGACAGAAAUGUCUGA